AGAUAGUAGUUUAGAACUACAACAAAGUUUGAUCAAUAAAUAAAGAAUAUCAAAAUGAGAUUGCAAUCAGCUCUUACUCAACUCAUCAUAUAAUCAGGAUAAAUAAAAUAAAGUUGCUAAUCCAGAUCCAAUCAUACAGAAAUCAAAUCCUCCUUUAAUAAUAUCUCACAAUAGCAGAUCAAUUGAGAAGAAGGACAAACCUGCCUUAAGGCAAUGUGCAUCUAAAUCCCCUAUUCGCACUCCUGAUACUGCAGAAUGUCCGUCUCCGAUUUCCACCUUUUCAAAUAAUUCAACUCUCAGAAUGCAAUUAAAAUAAGCAGAACUCCUCAGUCCCAAAUAUUAAAACAUAUCUGAUAGAUUUCAAAUUGGAAAGUUCUUGGGCAAAGGAAAAUUCAGUGAUGUCUUUUAAGCAUAAGAGAAGACUUCAAAAGUAUUAAUUGCUCUGAAAGUGAUCCAGAAAACUGCUAUUAGUAAGUAUAAAAUAGAAGAUUAAUUGGCUCAUGAGAUUAAAAUACAAAGCUAUUUGAGUCAUCCUAACAUCUUAAAACAUUAUGGAGUGUUCUAAGAAUAAACUAAAAUUGUAUUAAUACUUGAAUAUGCACCAGAUGGAGAACUAUAUAAAUUAUUAAAAAACAGCCAAAUCGUAGAUUUACUGAAAAUAAAGCUGGAAAUUACAUUGCUUAAAUUAGAUAUAAAACCUGAAAAGAUCUUAAUUAGUCUAUAAUUCUUAAAAAUUGCAGAUUUUGGUUUAGCAACUUAUUCUCCUGAAUCAAAACCAAGGCAAUCCUUCUGCGGAACUAUAGAUUAUAUGUGUCCAGAAAUAGCCUCAGGAUAGGAUUAUGAUCAUUCUGUUGAUCUGUGGUCUAUUGGAAUAUUGGCAUAUGAAUUAACCAUCGGAACUACUCCAUUUUAUUAAUCAUCCAAAGAAGAUACUAUGAGAAAAAUUAUAGAAGGCAGAGUUGACUUUCCGAAAUAUGUUUCAAAUGAAUUAUAGGAUUUUACUAAAAGCUGUUUGAGAAAGAUCCUUAAUAAAGAAUUAGAUUAGAGUAAAUGGCUAUACACAAAUGGAUAUAAAUGA